CACUUGACGUGUGGGCUUGGGUGGAUGAAGUUCCUGAUGGAGCAGUCAAGCCUCCUACGAAUAAAAUGCCUAUUUUCUUUUUUGGCACCCAUGAGACGGCGUUUUUGGGACCAAAGGACAUAUUCCCUUACUCUGAAAAUAAAGAUAAAUAUGGCAAACCAAAUAAAAGAAAGGGUUUUAAUGAAGGGUUGUGGGAGAUUGACAACAAUCCCAAAGUGAAGUUCUCUCAUCAGCAGUCCCAUCCAGCUGUUAACACUCCUAUCAAAGAAGGUGUUCAGGAAAGCAGUCAGGAGCCUGCUGAGGGGAGUGAGGAGAAAGCAGGAGCCAAAAGAAGGAAGUCUUCCAUCCCAAAAUUAUCCCCUAAAGGGGAUAAUAACUUGCCUGCAGAAGCUGAAGUAGAAGAAAAGGAGAUGGAUACUUCAAAGGAAGAUGAUCUACCUUCUGAAAAAAGCAGUAAGGAAGAUGUGGUGAAAACAAAUGAUGCUUCUAUUCCUAAAGUUGCUCGAAGAGGAAGAAAAAGAAAGGCUGAAAAGCAAGCUGAAGCUGAGGAAGCAGCAGCAGUGGCAACGGCGGCAGUGGCAGCGGUGGUGGCAGCAGCAGUGGCAGCAGCACCUCCUGUGUCAGUGUCUCCAAAAGUAAGCCCCAAAAGAGGAAGACCAUCAGCUUCUGAAGUAAAGGUUCCAAAACCACGAGGGAGACCCAAGCUAGUGAAACCAUCUUGUCUUUCAGAGAGUGACUUUGUUAAUGAGGAUGAGAAGGCAAAGAGAAAAGGACCAGAAGAAAAGCCCAAAAAGCAAGGGAAAAAAGAUGAGGAAAGUCAGAAGGAAGAGGAGAAAUCGAAGAAGGAGCUUGACAAAAAAGAAGGCAAGAAAGAGGCUGAACCAAAAAGGAAGAAUGCUACAAAAGUGGGCUCUGUGUCAGCUUCUGAUUCUGAGGAUGAUGGAGAAGAACAAGAAGGUGACAAGAAGAAAAAAGGGGGAAGAAGCUUUCAGGCAGCUCACAGAAGAAACAUUGUAAGAGGCCAGCAUGAGAAGGAAGCAGCAGAAAGAAAGCGUAAGCAAGAGGAACAAACAGACUCUGAAUCGCAGAGUAAAGAAGAAGGCAAGAAAACAGAAGUUAAGAAGAUGGAGAAGAAGAGAGAAACAUCAAUGGAUUCUAGGCUUCAAAGGAUACAUGCAGAAAUUAAGAACUCCCUGAAAAUUGAUAAUCUUGAUGUGAACAGGUGUAUUGAGGCUCUUGAUGAGCUUGCAUCCCUGCAGGUCACAAUGCAGCAAGCUCAGAAACAUACAGAGAUGAUUCUGACUCUGAAGAAGAUACGUAAAUUCAAAGUUAGCCAAGUUAUCAUGGAGAAGUCUACGAUGCUAUACAACAAGUUCAAGACCAUGUUUCUGGUUGGGGAAGGAGAUUCUGUUCUUUCCCAAGUACUAAAUAAAUCACUUGCUGAGCAGAAGCAGCAUGAGGAAGCAAACAAAACCAAAGAACAGUGGAAGAAAGGAGCAAGCAAAAAAACGGAAAAGGAAAAGGACCAAACAGGUUCAAAGGUUCUGAAUGGAGGGUCUGAAGCUCCAGACACCAACCAGUCACAACACAAUGGAGAGAACACUGAGGAAAAGAAAGAUAGGCAUGAAGUUGCCAGUAAGAAAAAGUGA